UAAUAAACUCGCAGACAAAGGUAGCAGUUUCCAGAAAAGGAAAAAACCAUGAUGACUGGAAAACAUUUUAUGCGAUUUGUCGUAGGUUGUCUGUCUCUAUCCUGUUGAAUUCAAAAUGGAAGCUAUCGUUGCUCCACCACCGCCGGCACCACCCACCCGCCGCCGCAACGCAGACACCACUUCAACAACCUCUCCUCCUUCCAACCACCAACCUCACCUUCUUCGUUUACCCCUCCGUCGUAACCCCAAACCCAAAAACCUCUCUCUCAUUCACCCUUCUUCACAACCUAUUACUCCUCCAAAGAAGAGCAAGCGAAGAAGAAAAUGUGAUACAACUUCACACAUCUUACCCUUAAUGGAUGCUCUUCACUUUCCCAUAACCAUUGAUAUUUACACCUCAUUGGUCAAAGAAUGUACUCUUUCCACCGACCCAGAAACUGCUAUUGAGUUGCAUACACAAAUCAUAACUAGAGGCAUCGAACUGCCAUUGACAUUGCUCAAUCGGAUUCUGAUUAUGUUUGUUUCAUGCGGUUUAUUGGAGAAUGCACGCCGAGUGUUUGAUGUAAUGUCUGUGAGGGAUUUUCAUUCUUGGGCUACCUUGUUUGUUUCUUAUUAUGAAAAUGGUGAGUAUGAGAAUGCUAUAGAUGUUUUUGUUAGUAUGUUAUGUCAAUUGGAUGUGAUGGGGUUUUCUUUUCCUCCGUGGAUUUGGUCUUGUCUUCUCAAGGCUUGUGCUUGUACUAUGAAUGUACCUCUAGGAAUGCAAGUUCAUGGAUGUUUAUUGAAGUUGGGUGCUUGCGACCAUGUGCUUAUUAGUAGCUCUUUGAUUAGAUUUUACGGGAGGUUCAAGUGUUUGGAAGAUGCAAACAUGGUUUUUAAUCGAGUGUCGCGGCAUAACACAUUGACUUGGACUGCGAAAAUUGUCAGCAGUUGCAGGGAAAGGCAUUUCUCUGAGGCUCUUGGUGAUUUCAAGAAGAUGGGAAGGGUAGGGGUAAAGAAGGACAGUUUUACGUUUUCUAGUGUUCUCAAGGCUUGUGGAAGGAUGCAGAAUCGUGGAAGCUGCGGUGAACAGGUUCAUGCGGAUGCAAUUAAACUUGGAUUGGACUCGGAUAGUUACGUGCAGUGUAGUUUGAUAGCCAUGUAUGGAAGAAGUGGAUUACUAAGAGAUGCAGAACUGGUAUUUGAAAUGACACGAAAUGAAAGAAAUGUCGAUAGUUUGAAUGCGAUGCUUAUGGGUUACAUACAAAAUGGUUUGUAUAUUGAAGCUGUUAAGUUUGUGUAUCAGAUGAAGGCGGCUGGAGUGCAGCCACAUGAACCACUGCUUGAAAAACUAAGAAUUGCUUGUGGCAGUUCUAACUUUUCAAGCAUGAACUAACUAAGUAGGUUGUACAUACACAUGUUAAAGAUGCUGAAUGGAAGCUUUUAAAAUAUACUGAAAUUUACACAUAACUUUGCAGUUUCAAACUUGUGAUAGUCUUUAAUUGCAUAUAAAAGUAUUAUGAAGAACUCUAGUUUAAAUUCCAUUAUAUAGAGUAAACGUGCAGAUGAAUGUGAAUCUGAUUUUAGGAAAAAAAAAAUGUUGAUGGCAUGAUAAAAUCAUUGAUGGUAAAGGAUAUUAAUUCAAAAA